GUGCGUGCUUCUGGAGCCUCAGAAUGCUCGCGCGCUUACGCUGUCCGCGAGGCUCAUACACCGCUUCUCAGAAGAGGCGAAGGCGCUUCGGAUUUCGAGAAGCGGAGAAGACCCCAAGGACUUAGGUCGGUGGCCGCAGAAGAACUCCAUGGACUACUAUCACGUACUUGCAAGCACCGACUUCCAGAAACAAAAGAUGAAGCUCGGCUCUCGUCGCCACUUCCAGUUCCUCUUCCCUUCUGAAGGUAGCAACACGGUGUCGUUUGGCAACGACUUCGGCUGGUUACAUUAUACGUGGAUUGAUAUAGGGACGCCUAAUGUUUCGUUUCUGGUUGCUUUGGAUACUGGGAGUGAUCUAUUUUGGGUUCCAUGUGAUUGCAUACAGUGCGCUCCCUUAUCUGCCUCUUACUAUAGUACCCUGGUGCUCCCUCGUAUUUGGGGCAUCUAUUAUGCAGGAUAGAGAUUUGAACGAGUACAGCCCAUCGGGUUCAAACACCAGUAAGCAUGUAUCUUGCAGCCAUGAGUUAUGUGAGUCUGGAACAAACUGCAAGAGUCCCAAGCAGUCAUGCCCUUACACUGUUGACUACUACACGGAAAAUACAUCGAGUUCUGGACUACUUGUGGAGGACAUAUUACACUUUGCAGCUGGUGGUGAUGAUGGGCCAAACACUUCCAUUGAAGCCCCUGUUAUCAUAGGAUGUGGUAUGAAGCAAAGUGGUGGUUACCUGGAUGGGAUUGCUCCCGAUGGUCUUUUGGGUUUAGGACUUGGAGAGAUUUCAGUUCCUACUUUCCUUGCUAAGGCAGGAUUGACCAAGAACUCUUUCUCAAUGUGCUUUGAUGAGGAUGAUUCUGGGAGACUAUUUUUUGGGGACCAGGGACCAGCUACACAACAAUCUACAUCUUUCCUGCCUUCAAAUGGAAACUAUGAAACCUAUAUUGUUGGGGUGGAAGCAUGUUGUAUUGGAAAUUCUUGUCUUAAGCAGACAAGCUUCAAAGCACUUGUUGACAGUGGGACAUCAUUUACAUUUCUUCCAGAAGCAGUGUAUGAUAAAAUUUCAGAGGAGUUUGACAGACGGGUAAAUGCGACAAUCACCAACUAUGCAGGAUCUCCUUGGAAGUACUGCUACAAUACAAGUUCUCAAGAUCUUCCCAAAGUGCCUUCUGUAACGUUUAUGUUCGUGGCAAACAACAGCUUUGUGGUCCAUGACCCUGUCUUUCCGAUAAACGGUAAUCAGGGAGUUGUUGGGUUUUGCUUAGCCAUACAGCCGACAGAUGGUGAUAUUGGAAUAAUUGGACAGAACUUCAUGACGGGAUACCGGACAGUAUUUGAUAGAGAGAACUUAAAGUUAGGCUGGUCUCGCUCAAAUUGCCAAGAUUUUAGUGAUGCUAAGAGUAUGCCCCUAACUCCCUCAAAAGGCACACCACCAAACCCCUUGCCAACAAAUGAGCAGCAGAGCACACCGGGUGGCUUUGCUCCUGCUGUUGCUGGAAGAGCUCCCUCAAAACCAUCAGCUGCAUCAAGUCGGCUCGUCUCAUCCCAGUUUUGUUCGUUGAGAUUGUUGCCUCUACUGCUUGUAUUAUUUCUGAUCGUCCUCGUCAUCUAGGAGGAUGUGACCAUAUAUCGUAGAUCAUUUAUGUAGUCUUACAUGUAAAUGCAGGGUUUUCUUCUCUUUCUUCUCCUGCCCUGAAAUACAUAUAUAUAGAGCAGGUCUGUAAUCCAUUGGCGUCAGUUUUUUUCUCUAUCAUGUGUCAUUGGAUUGGUUGGGGCUUGUACUAGGGACAUGCAUUGUAUUUAGCUUUUGUUGUAUUAAUAUAAUAUAUAUACAUAUAUUAUUUUUUUUCUU